AUUUUUUCGCCUUUUUCUCCUUCGACCUCACACUCAAAGUAGCAGAGCGCCAAGGUCUCCAUUUCAACUUUCAAGAGAGUGAGAGAUAGAGAAAAAAGAAGAAAUGUCGGGGUAUAGGGGAAAGAGAAAGGAGGAGGGGGAGUACGCAUCGGAAGGCGACUCUGAAGGCCACGCGCCUCCGAAGAAGAAGAUCUCCAAGAAAGACUCUUCCGAUGAAUCCACCGGCGACAUAGUCGUCUGCGAGAUAUCGAAGAAUAGGAGAGUGACGGUUAGGAGCUGGCAAGGGAAGGUUGUGGUGGACAUUCGCGAAUUUUACGUCAAAGAUGGAAAAGAACUGCCUGGCAAAAAAGGUAUCUCACUUACAAUGGAUCAGUGGAAUGUACUCCGGGAUCAUGUUGAAGUAAUUGAGAAGGCGGUUAAUGAGAAGUAAUUGAGAAGGCGGUUAAUGAGAACUCUUAGGGUUUUUUGUUGUUGAUAUUACUAGAGAAAAUAUUAGCCUGUAGGCGUCUUCUUUUGUUGGUGGUGACCAGAAACUUGGAUCAAGCAGUGAUGUUUUGUGUUCUACCUAGAGAUGAUAACUGGGUUGACGUUACUGACUUUGUGAUUGGAGAUAUGGAAGUGAACCCCUGACUAAUGUUUGUAAUUACUUAAAUAUUUUAAACAAUAGUUCUAUGUUUCAA